GUAUUAAACCCUUCAAGAAAAUGGCGAUUAGGGAUUGGUCCUUCCUAGGUUGGGGGGGAAAUGGCGGGAGCGCUGCCGCCACCGUCGCCAUGCGUCUUCUGUCAGAUUGCUGGCAAAUCCAGCUCCACUCCUCUUCUUCACUCUGAUGACAAGGUCGUCGCAUUUCAAGAUAUCAAGCCUGCAGCUUUCAGGCAUUACUUGGUGAUUCCUGUAGAGCACAUUCCAACGGUGAAGGAUCUUCAGAGGAGAAGUGAAGACUACUCUUUGGUGCUUCAUAUGUUAAAUGUGGGGCAAACACUUCUACGUAAAGAUGCACCUGAGGCAGAGCAGUUCAGAUUUGGCUUUCAUCAACCUCCAUUUAACAGUGUUAACCAUCUCCACCUCCAUUGUUUUGCUCUACCCUUCAUACCUAGAUGGAAACAUAUAAAAUAUAUAUCUUUGGGGCCAUUAGGCGGGUUUAUUGAAGCUGAGAAGUUGUUGGAGAAGAUAAAACCACUGUCAACAAAUGCCUCUUAGGUAUGAGUGCACGAAUCACUAUUAACUUUUAUUUUCUCAUAAUUAUCAAUCCUUCUGUUGUUUGUAAGUUUUCUGAUGAUUAAUUGAUGUUAUUCAAGAUGAAACUGCUUUUACAAAUAAGGUUACUUAAACUUUGUAACAUGCAUAUUGGGUAAUAAGAAUUGGGUAUACAGCUUGUGCUUGUCUUCUACCUUACUCUAUAAAUUAACAUCCUUGAUCUAGACUCUGUUAGCAUAAUCAGUGUUUGCAUCAGUAUCACUAUGUCAGGUGGCACACUUAAUGAUCUAUGGUUCUGUAUGGAUAUCCUUGGACUGAUGUGGUUUAGAUGUUAACACUACCAAGGUUUUUUGUUUUUAUUUUUAUUUUUUUUGUUAAGCUUCACUCCACAUUUGCCCCAGCUAGCCAUGACAAGCUGGAUGUCUCAGGUGCAUUAUGUGAAAGCAUAUCACAAUCCCGCAUUCCCUUGUUUGAUAUACCAAAUUGUCUAGUUUUUAAUCUCUCUCUGGUUUUCAAACGGCAACUCAAAUUCUGAGAUGUAAUAAACAUGAAUAAUUGUUUAUCUUCUUCUAUGCUACUGAUGCCAUUGUACACAGACACAAUAGGCUCACAUGCAUCUUGUGUAAUGAGAUUAAUGGAGCUUGCAGAGCCUUUUUGAAGUGUUCUUCAUGGUUCAAUACAAGUCUAGGAGCUGGUGAUAAGGUAGGGAGAUGGUUGUCCAACUUUAGAUUCUGGAGAAUGGGCAUUGGUAUGCUAGCUUAGAACUUAGUUGGUCAAACACUAUAUCAUAGCAUUCAAGGGACCAAAGCUUGAUCUGUUCUGUUGGGCCAUUAUUGAUGAAUGAUAAAUUAGCAGGUUUUAU